GGCUUCAGUCUUUCAACAGUGAAGACAAGAUGAAGACCCACCUGCUUCUCUGGGGAGUCCUGGCCAUUUUUGUUAAGGCUGUCCUUGUAACAGGUGACGACGAAGCGACCAUUCUUGCUGACAACAAAUGCAUGUGUACCCGAGUUACCUCUAGGAUCAUCCCUUCCACCGAGGAUCCUAAUGAGGACAUUGUGGAGAGAAAUAUCCGAAUUGUUGUCCCUUUGAACAACAGGGAGAAUAUCUCUGAUCCCACCUCCCCACUGAGAAGGAACUUUGUAUACCAUUUGUCAGACGUCUGUAAGAAAUGCGAUCCUGUGGAAGUGGAGCUGGAAGAUCAGGUUGUUACUGCCACCCAGAGCAACAUCUGCAAUGAAGACGAUGGUGUUCCUGAGACCUGCUACAUGUAUGACAGAAACAAGUGCUAUACCACUAUGGUCCCACUUAGGUAUCAUGGUGAGACCAAAAUGGUGCAAGCAGCCUUGACCCCCGAUUCUUGCUACCCUGACUAGCUUGAAUCACUCACCAUGCAGCUCGUUGUCCUUAGAGGCUCUCCAUUUGCACCCAGAAGUUAUACUCACUGCUAAUGAAUUUGAAACCAGGGUUUUUUUUUUCCCCCUGUGGUAUAAAACUAAUGUUCCCUUUCAAUCAUUAGAAUAUCAGAAUUGCUGUCAUUAUUAUGUAACUCUCAAUUCGAAGUAGUAAAUCCUCAUGUCUGCUCAAGGAGAUAUGUUUAAAAGUUCAUUUUCCAGUGUUUAAAAUUGUAAGCAAGGGGAGAAAGUAAAAUUCCAGGAGUAAAAGUCAAGAGGUUAAUGAAACCCAACCCUUUCCUUCCUUCCUUUGCUGUGGAGAGCUGGAGCUUUCGCACAUCCUGUACUAGUCUUUCUCUUAACCUCUCACUGUGUAGAGAAAACAGCCAAUGAACACAGGAAGUUACGUAUCUUCACUAGAAGUUAUAAAGGACCUGUUUUGGAAAUAUUUACUAAUAUUUAUGAAAGACUUUUGUUGAAAGUGAUAUAAUUUGAUGCACAAAUGAAAAAAAAUGGAUGUUGAUAUAAUAUAUAGACUUGGCAUUAGAUUUCCUUGAUAAUAUUUUUGACAGUGAGAUUUUUAUCUGAAAUUCUUAAGGGGAGUCUUUGAUGUCUCAGCCAAAUCUAAUGAAAUUUGUAUUCCAAAAUAUGUAUUCUCUAGUACAGUUUGAACAAUUAAAUAGAGUGCUAAGCAUAUACUCGUGUGAAAUGACUCGUUGGGAAAAAUUUUGUUUGUGUUUAACCUUCUUAUAUGUAAAUUAAAUAUAAGUUAUUAUUGGCAAACAGUUUGUAAGUAUGAUACAACAGUGCAUUCAUCACUUAGCUUAUAUGAGUACAUAUUUGAGAAAUCUUUGUUAAUUCACAGGUAAAUUUAAGUACAAAGGCAGGGUCCAUAGCAUGUAGCACCUUUCAGAAGCAGGAGAUGUAUGUACUCUGUGGUAGGGAGCUUGUUUAUCAUGUUCAAGGCCUUGAGUUUGAUGUCCAGCACUGCAAACAGAAGAAAAGCAAAGCAAAGCAAAGCAAAGCAAAGCAAAGCAAAGCAAAGCAAAGCAAAGCAAAGCAAAGCAAAGCAAAGCAAAGCAAAGCAAAGCAAACAACCACAAACUUACACAGCUUCAUCCAAGUAGAAAGAUCUCACUUAAAUGGUGGACUUAUUUCAAAGUAAUAACUUUUCACAUACAAAGAAAUGUUAUGGUAUGUCAAUGAUGUAUUUCUCUAAGGGCACUAUGGAAAGUAGCUGCUGAUUCAGAGGCGGACAUGAAGAUACUUCUGAUCUGGGAACAGGGGGUGCACUUUCUAUGUCUGCGCUGUAUGUUGGCAGUGUAUAUGAGGUUUAGUAGGCAACUCUAAUGGUGCAAGUUGAAGUUUAUAUUCUUACAUGGCUGAAUUAAUACUAGGCAAGGUAACUAAAUGUAAGAUAAUUUCUUUUAAAAAUGAAAUUACAAAUAACUAUUUCAUAGUUUUUUUUAAUAAAAAUGAUGAUAUAUCCUA